ACCACACGCCGGCGAUCGAGCCCGGUCGAUCUCACUCCCGUGCGCGCCCACUUCGCAUCCGUCACACCUCACACGACGAGCGAGCCAGGCCGUCCGUUCCUUCGUGCGCACGCGCGCGCGCGUCCACACCAGUCGCCGGUUGCCAUGGCGCUGGAGGCUGUGGUGUUCUCCCAGGCGGCGGCGGGCCAUUUCGGCUACGGCGGCCGCGGGGACUCGCCGUACUGGUGCGACCUGGGCGGCCUCGGCGAUCUAUGCCCGGGGGAUUACAGCUGGGACCAGGAGCUGGACGCGUGGGCGGCGGCGCCGGCCGUGGGGGACGACUGGGAGGCGGCGUCCAGGGCGGACCAGUCCUCGGACGCCUCCACGGACCAGCUGCUGCAGGGCAAGAAGGCGGCGUCCGAGCCGGCGGCGGCCGUGGCCGCGGUGAGGAGGAAGCGGAGGCGCGCCAAGGUCGUCAAGAACAAGGAGGAGAUCGAGACCCAGCGGAUGACCCACAUUGCCGUCGAGCGCAACCGACGCCGCCAGAUGAACGAGUACCUCGCCGUGCUCCGCUCGCUCAUGCCGCCGUCCUACGCGCACAGGGGUGACCAGGCAUCGAUCGUUGGUGGCGCAAUCAACUACGUGAGGGAGCUGGAGCAACUGCUCCAAUCGCUCGAGGUUCAAAAGAGCAUCAAGAACAACCGGGGCCGCUCCAGCACGGACGCGGCCGGCAACUCCUCCCCGUUCGCCGGCUUCUUCAGCUUCCCACAGUACUCCACCUCGCCGGCUCACGGCGGUGGCUGCAGCUCCACGAGCCUCGGCAGCUCAAGCAACACGAGCAGCAGCAAUGCCACCACCAACAGCGACGCGUCCGUCGCGGACAUCGAGGUGACGAUGGUGGAAGGCCACGCGAGCCUCAAGGUGCUCGCGCGGCGGCGGCCGAAGCAGCUCCUGAAGCUCGUCACCGGCCUGCACCAGCUGCGCAUCCCGCCGCUGCACCUCAACAUGACCACCACCGCCGACGCCAUGGUCCUCUACACGUUCAGCCUCAAGGUGGAGGAUGGCUCCAAGAUGGGCUCGGUUGAAGACAUCGCCACCGCUGUGCAUGAGAUUCUCGGCAGCAUACAGCAGCAGGAGGAGGAGACCGCCGUCAUGUGAAGCCCUGCGUCUAUCUGCAUGCCCUGCAGUGGCAGCGCCCGCCUGCCAGUGGAAUCCAUGGCCCUGUACAUGUGACCUGGAUUGCACCCUAGGCACCUGAGUCAUGCAGCACAUUCUCGCCGAUAUGGUCACAAGGAGAUAUGUCAAAGAUUUAGGCUGUAAUCUAAUCUCUUAAUUAUUCACCUUCAGCUCCUUUAAUUUGGAGUGAGAGUACCUGUAGAUUCACAUAUUUAUACAAAUUUGCCUGAAGCUACCACGAAUGGAUUUGUUCACGCA